UUGUUCUGCACCAACGUCAGGGUGUGUUAUGUACCCGGAGAUCAGCCCCCCAGCUUCAGCCCCUUCCUGCAGAGCGACCACAGCGUGGCGCUGCGCUGCAUCCGCACCCUGGUAGCAGGCAGCAGCUUCAAUAAACCCACGGUGCUGACGGCCGCCUCCGCGCUCACCUUCGUCCCCGAGGAGCUGGCGUUGUUCUGUAGGGAUUUCCGUCUGCUCAGCUUCCAGUUCCCCGAUAACGGGUUGGGGCUGCAGGCCUUUAGGGUGGCCAACGCCAUUGCCCAAGCAAGGGAGACGGCCGCGUGGCCGGGGGACAAGGGGAACCACGUGGAUGCCACGAUGGGAGAUGAGGAUGAGGAGGAUGAGGAGGAAGGUUCCCCCCCAACGCUGUUAUUUGAGACCCUCCAGGAUUGGGAACGGGAGCUGCAGCGCCUGGGGGCAGCGGGAUGGAGGGUGAGCGCCGUCAAUGAGCGCUUCGAUAUGGCCCCAAGCCUUCCCCGCUACCUGUGGGUGCCCAACGCGCUGCUGGAUCACGACCUCAAAAGGACGUUCGCUCACUUCCAGGAGCGUCGCGUGGCUCGGCUGUGCUGGCACCACCCAAAUGGCAGCGACCUGCUGAGAGCCGCCAGCUUCCACGCAGCCUCGGAGCCGGGCAGUGAGGACAUCAGGUGCCUGGAGGUGCUGCUGGGUGCUGGGUGCAGGCCUUGUGUGCUGGCGGACACGGCUGAGCUGCCCACCCCCCAGGACAUUCAGCUGGCACAUCUGAGGCUGCGGGCGCUGUGUCUGCCUGGAGCAGCAGCUGAUGAGAAGUGGCUGUCAGCGCUGGAAGGGACGCGGUGGUUGGAGCACGUACGGUCCUGCUUGAGGAAAGCUGUGGAGGUGGCAUCGCUGCUGGCGGGGAGACGAUGCUCUGUUGUCCUGCAGGAGCCAUCAGACCGGGACCUGGGCUGUUUAUUGGCCUCACUGGUGCAGCUGCUGUUGGACCCCCACUCACGCAGCCUGCACGGCUUCCAGAGCCUCAUACAACGUGAAUGGGUGGCAAUGGGGCACCCCUUCCCACAGCGCCUCGGGCUGCACCGGGACAGCCCCCGUGAGGAGUCUCCCGUUUUCCUGCUGUUCCUGGACUGUACCUGGCAGCUUUUGCAGCAGUUCCCUGCAGCUUUUGGUUUCACCGAGGCGUAUCUGCUGGCCCUGCACGACAGCACCUUCCUGCCCUACUGCAGCACCUUCCUCUUCAGCUGCCAAAGGCAACGGGGACGUGGUGGGGUGCAGCAGCCUCGCACCCAGACCUACACCCCAGUGAGUGGCCGCUGGGACCCCCCCCCGGGCAGCUCUGUUUGUCGUUUGCCCCCCAUCUGGGCCUGGGGGCUGCGCUACAGCCGGCAGCAGAGGGCACGAUUCAGGAACCCAGCGUGGGACCCCGGCCCUUUGGGGACCCCCGAUGAUGUGGACCCCCAGAACACGCCCCCCAAUACCUGGUUAGGGUCGAGCUCUGGGGCUGUGCUGGCUCUGUCCAAGGGCUCGCUGACCCCACAGCCCUUCCCAUGGCGGAGCGGCCGGCCCCCCCCUCGCCUGCUGCGUUGGGCCCCCUCCCUGGAGACCCUCAUUGAUCGGGGGGGUGACCCCAUCCCUGCCCCCCCCCGGGGGCUGCUGCUGCCCUGUGCUGCGGGACCAUCCGUGCGGCUCUGGAGACGGUGCUACCUGAGGGGGCUGCCCGAGGCACAGCAUGGCCGCCUGGCCCCAUGCCCGGCCCUACUGGCAGAGGAGCUGGCACUGCUGCAGGACCGGCUCCAUGCAUGGCAGCAGGACGGGACCCACCCUGAGCCCACCAGCAGCCCCCUGGCACCCUCACGAUGAGGGUCUUGGGGGGGCCAUAGGGGUGGGAGCCCCCCUGAGGGGCCACAAUGCAGGGAUGGCCUCAUCCCUUGGGGUCCCUCCGGUCUUGGGGUUGUGAUGUGCCCCCCCAGGAGCUGGCAAUGCUUCCCCAUAUGGCCCCACUGCUGCCUUGUGCUCCAUGCUGGGGCCUGGAGCUCUUUAGGGCCUGGUUUUUGGGAGGGGACCACCAUUUUUGGGGCCCUGGGGGCUUUUUGGGGCCUGUGGCCCUUUAAUGCUUGGGACUAUUGGGGGGACCUCAACCCUAUGGGGGGACCCCAACUCUAUGAGGGACCUCAACUCUAUGGGGGGGACCCAGCUCUAAGGGGGGACCCCAACUCUAUGGGGGACCCCAACUCUAUGAGGGACCCCAACUCUAUGGGGGGACCCCAACUCUAUGGGGGGGACCCAGCUCUAUGGGGGGACCUCAACUCUAUGGGGGACCUCAAUUCUAUGGGGGGACCCCAACUCUAUGGGGGACCCCAACUCUAUGAGGGACCCCAACUCUAUGGGGGACCCCAACUCUAUGGGCCCUGUGUCUUUAUAGGCCCCACAGCCCUAUGGGGCCCUAUUACUCUCUAUAGGCCCCAUAGCAGCGUUGGGGUCCCUCCCUGUCCCGGCUUAUGGGGCCUGUGGGGUUUAGAGCCCGGCUAGGCCUUGUGUCAGUGCUGUUUGUAUUUACCUAUUAAAGCACAGCGUUCUGCAGGCAAA